AUGUUCAUGAUCGGCGCACAAUUCUCUAUCGAAUGGUGUGUAAAACGUCAAAAAAUAAAUUCCAUUCGAAUUGAUGAAUUGCAAACUCACCCGUUUAUGAAAAAUGCGAAGAAAAUUUCAAAUGAUCCACGUUAUUUUAUGGAUGAAACAAGGAAAAUCAUUGAUUCUCAAUCCAAACAGCAACAAUUACAAAACAAUGAUAAUGGACAAUUAAUUGGUGACAUUUUUGUAUGCGGAGCCAUUGCUUAUGGAUAUAAUUUCGAUGCUAUCACAUGCGACUCAUGUAAAGCAUUCUUCAGACGAAAUGCUCUAAGAGAUUUGAAUACCAUUCGAUGUCGUCGUCUUCAAGCAUGUUUAAUUACGUGGUAUACCCGACGACGUUGUACAUAUUGUCGACUAAUCAAAUGUUUUCAAAAUGGAAUGCGAAAAGAUUGGAUAAUGACGGAUGAACAAAAAGAAACGAAAAAACGAAAAAUAGAAGCAAAUCGUUCUUUAAGGCAAUCUACUUUUUUCCCUUAUGAAACAAUUCAUCCAGAGAUAAAUAAUGAUCUCAUCGAUUUGAUAGAUUUCGGUGAGUCCUACUUUCAAAUUAGUCAGCAAUCAUCAUGCUUAAGUCUGACCGAUAUGAUGAAAAUAGAUAAUAUUCAAGCGUCUUAUAGUCAACGUAUUCAGCUAGCUGCUCUCAGUGGUCUUCCAUGUGAUCCAAGAUUAAAAGUAACAUCUUUUUAUCAAUUACUCAAUAUUAAAUCGGUUAUUCUUAUUCGUUUAAUGUCCUAUUUUAAACAAAUACCCGAAUUUCAAGCCUUAAAUGUUGACGAUAAAGUAACAUUAAUUAAAUAUAAUUUAAUACCGUUACUACCACUCAAUUUAAUUUUAUCCUAUAAUCCUGACACAGAAACAUUUAUAGAAACGGAUACCGAUUAUCCAAUAGAUUCACGAAUAUGUUUAAAAUUUCAUGGAACUGAGAUGUAUAUUGAAACAAAACAAAUACUUGACUCAUUAUGGAAUAUUGCAUCAUAUGAUCAUACGAUAAUAAAAUUAGCAUUAAUUAUUUUAAUAUUUUCAAAAGGUUUUUCACCAUUGAGCUAUUUACCGGAACCAUAUUUAAAAGAUGCACUUCAAGUUUAUCAUGCACAAAAUUUUUAUGUAGAAUUAUUAUGGCGAUAUAUGGAAACAAAUUUUGGUGGAAUAAAAGCGGCUCAAAUCUUCUCAAAAUUAAUAUGUCAAAGUAUGAGUAUUCAACUUCAUGUUAAGAAAAUGUCACAGAAAACUCGAGAACAAAUAACAGAAUUAAGCCAAAUUUCACCAAUGAUGAGAUCAUUAUUACAUUAUACUUGA